AGGACUUUUUAAGUGUCAUGACCUAAAAUAUAACAGAAUCAACAUUUGAACCAACCUUCUUUUAUCCGGUGUUAAAGCUACGAAACUUCAUCAACCUACCAUAAUACUACUGCAACCAAUGUGACAUUCACGGAAAUACAAGCUUCCAGAUCUAGGAGAUUCUAAUUAAAAUCGUGUACUUCCUUUAAUCGGGUUUGACAACUCUUGAUAGUAUCAGGGUGUUCAGUAGCCUGGAUACUAUCUGGAUCUCAAUACUGUGUGGACUGAACAUCAGAUACUUCGGGGAACAGACGCCAAAAACUAAAAAUUCCAGAAAAACAAACAAUAGAAAUAAAGUGAGAACGUUUCACACGGAAAGAUAAAUACGUGAAGGAUGUCUCUUGUGGACAAGAUCGUGAAGCGGAUGAUCGUCACCAGUUUCUUUGGUGACGGAUGGGGUGACCAGGAGACCUUCCACAAGCUGCUGGCACUGCGGGCUUCCUACAAACACGGGGUGGACCACAUAUUCCAGGACAGGAAUAAUCUCAAGUUCCAGGUUAAAGAAGAGAAAAGUAGCUCGAAACACGUGAAGAGUUACUCCGGCUCCUUUAUAUCUCCUUUAUACCACGAGCACAAGCUGAUCCCUGAGGAGUGCCAGGAGUGCAGGUUCCACCUUAUCUUACCAGCUCAGUGGGAGGAUGUUGGAAAGAGGCGGGUGUGUGUACAUUACGCUGCAACUGGAGACCAUUCCUUCUGGAGGAGGUACAGGUUCCUGGCGUACCCUCUGGCUAAGGAUUAUAAUAUCGGAUCUGUUAUCGUGGAGAAUCCUUUUUAUGGUACCAGAAAACCGAAGAACCAAGUCCGGUCAGGUAUCCGCCACGUGUCGGAUCUGUUCACAAUGGGCUCAGCCCUGAUACUCGAGGGCGGGGUUAUCUUAAACUGGCUGGAAGAACAGGGCUACAAACUCGGUAUCUCCGGUAUCUCACUAGGGGGACACAACGCCUCCCUCACUUCCGCAGUGUGGAACAAACCCAUCGCCACUGUGCCCUGCUUAUCGUGGAGCACUGCUGCGCACACGUUCAGCGAGGGGAUCAUCUCUAACUCGUGCAUGUGGAGCGUGCUACGGGACCAGCUGUCACCCUCCAGACUGGAGGAGAUACAGGAUAUCAUCAGGAUUACAGAUGACGAGAUACAGGUGAUGUUGGAGGAGAGGUACGGGAUAAUACCUGAUACUCCCGCUGAGGAUGCCCCCUCGUCUCAUAUCUCCAAACUGCUGAACAUGCGGUACUUAUCAACCCUUACAAACAGUCUGGGGGGUCCCCGCAAUGGCUCUCCUGAUAAGAUAACGACACUGUACAUGCGCCUCCUGAUCGACGAGUUCUCUAAUCUCAAGUACUAUCCUACAGUUGCGUGUCCCGAGGCUGCUAUCGUCGUGGUUGCUAAAUCAGACUUGUACGUGACUCGACCUGAGGACGAUGAAAUGAUAAAAGAUAUCUCGGAGAUAUGGCCCGGGUGCGAGGUGAGGGUGGUCGAGGGCGGCCAUAUCUCCUCCUACCUUACCCACAACCACACUUUUAGGAAAGCUAUUAAUGAUGCUUUCGAUAAGCUGGAGGUUUGGGUGGAAUCAAAUGCACCUAAAAACUAGAUUUUUGAGUAAUAUGUUUCUGUUUUAUAUUGGGUAGGCCAAUAACCAUUUUGACUGAUUUGUAUCAGUUCAUGUAAUUUGUUGGGUGUUCUAGCUCGACUGUCAUGUAUCCUAAUUUACGUUAUCAUAUUAAUACUGUCAAAUUUAAAUUAUCGUGAGAUUAGAGUAGUGAUCGACCGGCCACCAACCGAAAAUGUCACCACCAGCCCCUCCCCGGCUAAAUCUUGGGAGAUUGUCAGGGGAUUUUAGCUAGAUAAAAUGUACUAAAUAAUUUAUAAUUUAUCUCUAGUUUAAAAACGUUUUUAUAAGGGUAAGAGGAAAUGCAGGCAGCAAAACAGCAGUUCAGCUCAACAUCACCGCCCCUGGCCGAAAUUGGCACCCUCAAAUCUCAACCACAAUUAAAAUCGGCUGGUCGAUCAUUGGAUUAGGGUUUACUAAAGUUGAUGAGUUAUUAUUAAUUAAUACAGUUAGUUAGGAAUUAUUUAAUUUAGUUUUUGUCCUUAUUGUUUUGUACCUCAUUUACCAAGUUCUCAGAAACAGAUUUGAUUAAUUGAUUUAAAUAGUUUAGGGUUAAGAACGAUGCUAUAUUAAUGAUUUUUGUUAAGAUAUAAAUUGGAAAUUUGUUUAAAGAUAUUGUACAAGAUAUUGCACGGAUGAUAUCGUAUGAAUAAAUGCUACAAAAUUGAAAAUUCCUAAUAUUCUGUGUAAUUACCCUAUAAACGAAUAUCUCCUUCUCAUUAAGGGUAAACGACCCAACCCUUAUCGGUAGGAGUUUAUAAUAACGGUAAACUUAUCUCUUAUGUUAUUUAUCGGAUUCUUUUACUUAGAUUUUCACGUAGAGAUGAAUCCAUAUAUUGCGUUCCAUUUUAACUGUGUAUUUGUAACUGUUACAAUUAUAUUGUCAGCGAUUUCCA